CGUAGAUCUAAUCGAGUAUUGAUUUCUAGUGCUAAAGAAAGGGCGGAUUUCAUGUGAAAAAAGGGCGUUUUCAUUAAAUUUUGCUGUCAAGAUGCCGGGUUGCUGUAACUGCUUUGCGGCAUGCAAGCCCCGCUACAAGAGACUGGUGGACAACAUCUAUCCUGACACAGCUGAGGAGGGUUUAGUGCGUAGUAACAUGGAGAAGCUGACGUUCUAUGCUGUGUCUCAUAACGAGAAGCUUGAUCGCAUUGGAAGCUAUCUAGCACAGAGGUUAGACAGGGAUGUAUACAGACAACGCAUUGGGUAUGUGUUGAUUUCUAUGCAGGCUUUAGACCAGCUCUUGUUGGCUUGUCAUGCACAAACUCUCAAUCUAUUCGUGGAAAGUUUCUUGAAAAUGGUUCACAAACUACUGGAAUCCAACAACAUUGAGCUUCAGGUUUAUGGGACCCAGUCUUUUGUGAAGUUUGCCAACAUUGAGGAGGAUACGCCAUCCUACCAUCGCCGAUAUGAUUUCUUCAUCUCAAAAUUCAGUUCCAUGUGUUAUAAUAACAAUGAGAAUAUGAGUGUACGCAGAAAAAUUCGAAUCGCUGGACUGAAGGGAAUCCAAGGAGUGAUACGGAAGACCGUUAGCGACGAGCUCCAGGUGAAGAUCUGGGAGAAACAACAUAUGGAGAAGAUCGUUCCUUCACUUCUAUUCAACAUGCAGGAAGGCUUUGAAAGGUACAAGGGAGUUGCAUGCCAAGAAACGACUAAAGACCAAAGCCAUGAGUCUCCAGUAUCAGACAAUGUAGAGGAGAGACCCGCUGCCCUCGCUGAGACUUGCCUGAGGAAUGUCAUGUGUAGCGCCGCUUAUAAUAACAUCCAUUCUGUACUCAAACCAGUGCUGAGACAUCUAGACCUUCAUGAGAUCUGGCUUCCGACUGACUUUGCUGUCAAGGUUUUCAAGGUCAUCAUGUAUUCAAUGCAGUCCCAGUAUCUGUAUGUAGCACCUCAUUAUCUUCUCCUUCACUUGGAUGAGAAUAUGAAUAACUCUCCUCGCAUCAAACGUAGCAUCGUUGAGGUUCUCAAACAGACGGUUGCCAUAGCAGCAGACGGAGCAGUCGGGACAUCUGUGCUGGAAGUCUUCAACACCCUCCUACGACAUUUAAGGUCAUCGGUGGAGAAGAGAUUAUCUGGUGGAGGUCAUACCCCCUCACCCAAACCAAACAGACAGGUCACACAAGACGUGGAUGAGAGAGAAGAGGCUCUCUUUGAAGAAGCAAUCAUCGAUACGAUAGGUGCAUUUGCGAGUAUUUUACCAGACUACCAGAAGAUUGAGAUCAUGAUGUUUAUCAUGGGUAAGAUACCACUCCCAAGACCUACCGGUAGUCAAGAACAUCUUGGUAGGGACUCAGCUAUCUACUCCAAGGGCGAGGGAGAUUUAUUAUUGCAGAGCAUUCUACUGAAGAGUUUAUUGGAGGUGGGUAGAAAGUAUGUGACGGUUUCCAUGGCGUCUACCUUCCCAGCAUCCUUCAUGCAGCCGCUGCUUAACAUGUCUGUUGUUCCUGAUCCAGACAUCCGCUACACUGUGCAAGAGAUUCUUCAAACAUUGAUUGAUCGUCAUGACAACACAAACAAACUGAGGAGAAACAUAGCCAUUCCUAGAAACAUCUCUGAGCUGAAUCUGAGAGUAGAGAAACCAUCUAGACAAGAUAUAUCAUUCCUUAGAAAGAAUGGAGCAGACAUCCAGUGGCAUAUCUAUGAGAAUCUACGAUGCAGAGCGAACAAGUGUGAGAACUAUGUCGCUAUCUUCACCACACUGGCGCUGCUCUGUGUGGAGUUUGGAACAGAUGACAUUCUUGUUGACUUAGUCAAGGUUUCCUUAGCAUUACAGGACAUGGUAUGUGAUAAUGAUUGUAAGCUCAGUCCUAUCCAUCGAUGUGCAGUCCAUGCUCUAGUUGCCAGAUACCUAAAUCUUAUCAGUCAACUCACAGCUAUACCAGCGCUUGGACAACAUGUAUGGUCGGUGAUUGAUACGAGACAGAAGACAGCUCCUUACCUUCUACCUCCAUUCAAUGUGGACAAUAAUCAAAGGAAAGUUCCCUCUCAGCCGCUGGCAUCCAGUGUUCUAUUCCAGAAAGAUGCUAUCAGUGAUGGUCUAAGGAGCAGUGGACAUGAUGUCUCUCGUCUAAACACUCCCUUCAUACAUGAACCGUCAGUUGAGUAUCGUCCUCGGAGCGGUGCUGAUGUUGGCUCUGUUCACAUCGAGCUAGAGUCAGCUCAGUCAUCACCAACAGGAAUCCGGAAACACCCCCAGGAGCUUGUAACCUUUGAAUCCCUGAAGAAGGUGUUGACCCCAAUGACGGUCGUAGAUGGAUGUACAGGGGAAGAGGAGAGAGAGAAGAGACUUGCUAUUCUCAGCAUGUUCCAGAACUCCUCUCUUGACCAACUAGCAGCUACUGCAGAACAAAGGAGUGAGAAGUGGUACAAGAAAUUGAACGACAUCCUUGACACAGUGGUGAAGACACCACUGUCUCCAGCGGGUAGUCCAGUCCGAGCUGAUCCCUCCACUCCAGCAGUCUUCCACUCAGUACCAACCUACGAGAUGACAUUCCCAGAGCUGUGUGUUUAUUAAAAUCAGGGACUUGUUCACAAAGGGUGGUAUUCUCGAAAGCGGACUAACAUUAGUCCAUGGUUUAAUCCACCGACUAAGUAUGGAAUGCCAAUCGUCCAUAUGA